AUGGCUCUAGCGUCCUCGCAGUCCCUCAAUGAGAUGGACCUGGGCGCGCAGCCGGAGCGCUGGGAGACGUUCAGGAAGCGGCGGGGCCUCAGCUGCGAGGGCGCCGCCAAGUUCCUGCUGGACACCUUCGAGUACCCAGGCCUGGUGUAUCACACCGGAGGCUGCCACUGCGGCGCGGUCCGCUUCGCCGUCUGGGCCCCCGCAGACCUGCGCGUGGUGGAUUGCAGCUGCAGGCUGUGCAGGAAGAAGCAGCACCGACACUUCCUCGUCCCGGCCUCGCGCUUCACUCUCCUGCUGGGCGCCGAGAGCAUCGUCACCUAUCGAUCCCACGCGCACCCGGCGCUGCACAGCUUCUGCAGCAGGUGCGGGGUGCAGAGUUUCCACGCCUCUGUCUCUGACCCCGGCGUGUAUGGCGUCGCCCCGCACUGGCUGGACAAGGGAACAUUUUCCUAG